AAGUGCUUCUAUCAGCUUUAUUUUAAAAAUAAUGGAAAAGGUGACUGUUGAUCCUGCCAAGUCGAUUCCUGCAUUUUACGCUGGACAAAGUAUACUUUUGACUGGUGCAACAGGAUUUUUGGGUAAAGUUUUUAUCGAAAAGGUAUUACGAUCUUGUCCAGAUGUUCGUGAAAUAUUUCUGUUAAUGCGACCGAAGAAAGGAUUAAGUAUUAACGAAAGGCUUGAAAAAAUAUUAAAUUUACCGUUAUACGAAAAACUGCUCAAAGAGCAACCUUCGAAUUUUGAGAAAUUGAUUCCAAUUUCUGGCGAUGUCAGUGAGAAAGAAUUAGGUUUACCUGUUGCGGACAGACAAAUGCUAAUUGAAAGAGUGACUAUAAUAAUACAUGCAGCGGGAGAUGUAAAAUUUAAUAACAGUUUAAAAUAUGCCAUAUUUGCCAAUACUAGAGCAACAAGGGACAUCUGUAUUUUAGCGCAAAGGAUGAAGAAUUUAAUAGCAUUAGUGUAUGUUAGUACAGCGUUUGCACACGUAAAUGAGCCAAUCAUUGAAGAAAAAGUAUAUCCACCUGUAGCUGAUUGGCAGAAAAUGAUCGAAAUAGCUGAAUUGUUGGAUGAGCACACUUUAAACGUUUUUACAGCAAAAUAUUUAGAUUACAUUCCCAAUACGUACAUUUUUUCGAAAAAUUUGGCGGAAAGUGUAAUACAGAAAUAUUCUUCCUCCUUGCCUUGCGCGAUUGUAAGACCUUCCAUUGUGACGAUAACAGAAAAAGAACCAAUGCCAGGAUGGAUAGAUAACGUUUAUGGUCCAAUAGGGCUUUUUAUUGGUGGUGGAAAAGGAAUAAUACGAGUAGGCUACUUGAAUAAAACUGUUAAUGAAGAUGUAAUACCAGUAGACAUUGUCAUCAAAGCUAUAAUAGUCACAUCUUGGAAGCUAGGAUUAACAACGUAUGAUCAUCAACUUAUAUAUGCAUGCAUUUUUAAUUAUUCUACGGUUUUUGUUGUAAACAGUACAAGUCAGAAAUAUGUAACAUAUCAAAAUUGUAUUGAAUUGUUAUAUAGUAUUUCAAAUGAAUUGCCUUUGGAAGGAACUAUUUGGACUCCUCAUACAAUAUUGACUGAUAAUUUUGUUCUGUUCUAUGUAUUAACGAUAUUAUUGCAUAUUCUGCCAGCCAUAUUAAUAGAUUUAAUUUUAAAAUUCUCUGGACGACGACCUAUGUUAGUACGACUGCAGAGAAAACUGUUCGUGGUCAGUCGCGCUAUAAGUUAUUUUUCAUUCCGUAAAUGGAAAUACAGCAAUACAAACAGGUCGACUCUGAUAUCCUUAAUACCGCCUGAAAAUCUUGAUAUGUUUUCUUUCGAUUAUUCCUAUCUUGACAUUAGAGAAUUUGGCAAAUAUGGUAUCAUUGGUGUAAAAAAAUUUCUUCUUCAUGAAGACAUAAAUCAAUUGGAUGCAGUUAGAACACAUGGUAGAAGGUAA